AGAAGCCUCUUACUUCUCAUAUUAGAAGUCUUAGCAGUUACUUCCACCUACCGCCACCAUGGUCCACCUAUCAGCUGAUGAGAAAUCCGCCAUUAAUGCUGUAUGGCAGAAGGUCGAUAUUGAAAAAGAUGGCCAUGAAGCCCUCACCAGGCUGCUGGUUGUGUAUCCCUGGACCCAAAGGUAUUUCAGCAGCUUUGGAAACCUCUCCAAUGUGACUGCCAUCUCUGGAAAUGCCAAGGUUCAUGGCCAUGGCAAGAAGGUUUUGUCUGCUGUUGAUGAAGCCAUCCACCAUAUAGAUGAUAUCAAGCACUUCCUUUCCGCUCUCAGCAAAAAACACGCUCAGGAACUUCAUGUGGACCCUGAAAACUUCAAGCGCCUUGCUGAUGUGUUGGCUAUUGUUGUGGCUGGUAAACUGGGAACUGCCUUCACUCCUCAAGUCCAAGCUGCCUGGGAGAAGUUCAGUGCUGGACUGGUGGCUGCUCUUAGCCAUGGCUACUUCUAAAGUAUUUAGUUCACUGCAGAGUCCACCAACUGCUCAUCUGUGACAAAGAGAUAUCUCACAAUAAGUGCAUUUCUUAUUGUCAAUAAAGAUUUCUUGUCAAACUGCGAAAA